AUUUCAGCUAAGUUAUCUAGCCAUGGAAUCAGUAUCGACUCUGACAUGGACGAAGAGACGCAAGCGAUUCUGAUGCUAGUGGAGAAUCUGAAACUUUCAGUUCCUCAGAUUUUUCCUUGGUUCUACAUGUCUGGUGACAUCGAGCAUAUCUGUAGUUCCACCAAUCUUGACAUUCGGGUCAAAGAGCUAAUUGACAUCAUUUCACUAUUCAAAGAGGUCAUUUUAAGGCUUAAGGAGCAUAGUUUAUCCUUCGUAUCUGCAUGUCUGCCACAACUUCUUUUUGGACUAGCUAGGGUAAUGGCUGUGACCCCUGAUCCCUCUCAACUUAAUCUGCUACAAGGACUCAAGUUUCUUCGACAUACUUUUGUAAAGUUUAUACAAACUCUUACAGAUAGAUCAGGCAGUAUGGAGGUUUCCCAUGGCCUUAUCUUCUCGCAACCUCAAACGAGUCAAGAUUUGAUCUUUUCUCUUAUCAGCUGCAUUGAGGCUUGUCUGAGCUCCAACGAUGCUGCCGGGUUUCGUGCCGUGUUGGCCUGGUUCGUCAAGCAGAUUCUAGUUGCACCUCAGACAACUAGCGAGUCUGCUUCACUCUUUCUUGCAGAGCUCCAUUCGCUUCUCAUGUCUCGUUUGGGUCCGAUAUGCGUGCUCGCUCCGGCUCGCCUCUCGUUCACCCGGAGCGACGAAGUAUUAUAUGAAGGCAUCCUUAAAGAGGUGGCCACUUGUCUGCAUCACCUAGUUGAAGCAAAAGUAAACCCUUCAUUUAAAUGA